GGGGGUUGUUGGCUCCCCUGCGCCCCGCUGGGGACCGAUGGGAAAUGAUUUGACUGAGGGAACUGCCCAGAUCAGAAGGCGCCAGCUCUUUGCCUGCCAUACCGCUACCAAAGAUUUUUGCAUCCAAGAUUCGCCGCCUCCGCCGUUGACCAGUUUUCUUGUCGCUCUCAGCCAAAUCAAAGACCCUAUAUUUGCUGAGGGGACCAUGCCAUUACCGGGUACAGACAUGCGGUUUCACCCCAAUUUUUCGUCUCUCAGUACCACCAUGCAUCAAUCCGACCUGGAUUUUGUGACAUACAACCGCGACAACGAGAUCCACGAUAUUAGGGAUGACCCGAUCUUGACACGGGUAGUCAGCAUGAUAGAUCCAUAUCAAGCUAUCGUUGAUGGAAACUUGAGUCUUUUUCGACACAGAAAUCGAGAUUCCCAGAUGUCCAACGCUGGUGCUGUGGAAGAGAACUCAGAGACAGUUUUUCGUGAUGGUGGACCAGGUCCACUGGCAGAUAAAAGUGUAGAAAAUGGGCCCACUACGUCUCUGGAAAUGAUGAAUAAGAUCCGAGAGGCAGCGGAGAGAGAUCUGAUCUUACAAGAGGAUGGCACCUAUCAAUGCAGUUCCCGGGGGCGACUGGAGCGGCUGUCAGAGCAUCAGAGAGGAUACAACAUCCAAAUUCACAACUUUGUUCGAUAUUGGCCCCCUCCUGAUGAGAUGAAGAAGGAGAAAGAGGCCAUCGAAGCUGUGAUCCAAGAUUUGAGGGACUAUGAGAAGGCACUGGUGGUUGCUAUAAAACGCAAGAGAGCAAUUGUUCCGAGGCUUUAUGAACGCCGCAGGAUGAUAGAUCGCUAUCUGCAAUCUCUGUCAGAGCUAUCUCCGGAAUCUGGAGUUGUGAAUCCCCUUUUGAGAUCGCGAGAAAUCUCUCCGCCAAACUCCAUAGAAUAUGAUAGGAGAGGCGAUAUUGGCUAUGCAAUAUCCAGUGAGGAUUCUUCCACAGAUCAGAGUUCAGAUGAGGACAGGGCAAUGCAGGAUGUCGACCAUGAUGGACCUGAAGAACCCGGUACGGACAUCUCACCAGAUAUCUUCCCAACUAGGCCACAGAGAGAGGAGACCCAAGAGACCGUUGUCACUCUGCCGAAUGAGCCCGUACCCACCAUGAGUCCCCAAAGAAGUGACCCGGUAGCGAGCGUUUCGCUGAAUGGAACCGCUGCAAUCUGUGGGAAUGAUGCCGACGCUAUGAGCACAGGGAACCCGAGUCCCCCAAGGCGAAUCCUGAAACUGCGAACACGGCCGACAGACGAGGAAAAAGAAAGCGGAUACAAAUUUAUAAGAGAGCGGCGGGAUUCCAAUACCCCAUGGGACCAGAUGAUCCUGGAAUACAACGCAAGAUAUGGGGUAAGUCGCACUAAAGGGGGUUUAAAGGGAUUGUUCCGUCGUUGGCAGGUGGAACGUGGAAUUAAACAACCAUCGUCUACAUCUCAAACUCCCCGCCUCUCGAGAAAAUCAACAACUAGGUUCGGCCAACACCAGUCUAGUGCCGAUGCUUCGCCACGAAGAACCCUCGAAGCCCGAAAGAAACGUGGGUCUCAUAUUCCAGGACCGAGAUCAACGAGCAUAAUUCAGAUUGACUGAGGGUUAUCGAGUCAUGUUCUGAAAGGACAUGUGUGAAGGUAGCCUGAAAAUCUACUUGUAACCUUCUCGAUUACCGGUGAGGAAGUUUGAAGGAAGGGGUAUAUCUACCUAGGUUCCUAGAUGUCCAGUGAAGGGAGAUAUCAUUGCGUUGCACCGUCAUUGAAUGAAUGAUCUUUCUGAAGUAGCAUCCAAUUAACAAAAUUUUAACAUGAAAUAAUUCCCCA